AUGAAGAAAAGUCUGGCAUGUUUGGUCCUCCUCAUGGCGGCGGCAUCAAAAGGUUUUCAACUACAGGGUCCCUUGGAUCUUAUCUCUGCCCAGCUGGGGGGUCCUGUUCUGCUGCCCUGUUCUGUGGAAACCCCCUUACCUCUGGAGGAGCUGGAGGUGGAGUGGAGAAGAACAGACUCAGAUGUGCUGGUGCACCUGUUCCAGGAGGGAGAAGAGAGACCAGAAUCACAGGACUAUGCCUACAGGGGGAGAGCCCACUUCUUUUCAGGAGAGCUUGUCAGAGGAAACUACUCUGUUGAACUCAACAAUGUGACAAGAGAAGAUGCAGGAGUUUAUAUAUGCAAAGUUUAUACAAAUCUGGACCACAGCAGUGUUACAGCUGAGGUGCAUUUUGAGCAUUUUUUAGUUACUGGAGCAGGUGUUGUCUCUGGCUAUGCGGGUGAAGAGGUUGUCCUGCACUGUUCUGUGGACUCCCACAUCUCACCUGAGAAAAUGGAGGAGGUCACCUGGAAGAGGACAGACAAUAAGAUGUUAGUGCUCCUUUACCAAGAUGGUGAGGUCAUCUCAGACUCUUCAGAUGUACAGUAUCGAGGCAGAGCUGAGUUGUUCCCCACAGAAAUCCCCAAAGGCAACUUCUCUCUGAGGCUGAAGGAUGUCAGGACUGAAGACAGAGGAGAGUACAUAUGUGAAGCCUACAGUGGUGAUCUAUCGGCAAACACCACUGUAUUCUUGCAGGAACUGGGCUUUUCUAAUCUACAUUGGUCUAUACUGGUAUUGUGUUCCAUCAGCUUGCUGUGCACCCUUGUAUUGAUUGUGCCAGCAUGGAUGUCUUUACAAAAGAAAGAUACAAGUCAAAGAUCUCUGGUGAUACAUCUUUCCCUGAUCCUAUGUCCUAAUAUCCUUUUGGGCAUUGGCUUUAUACUGUGGGGAAUUGUUGAGGGUUUUCUAGGUGAGGCAGCUGGUUGUUCUACUGUAAAUAUAAUUAGGUUUCUUCUGCUCAUAAAGACUGCGCCUUAUCUGGAUAUACUUCCAGGGAGUUUUCAAAAAUUGAAGACCUUGAGUGUACCUGCUGAGUAUUCAAUUGUUACAGUAGUUGUAUAUUCAGUUUACUUCAGGAACCAGCAAAUCAUGUUUGAAAGCACAGAAGCUAAACGAGUCAUGGGUUUUACUUUUGGUUUGAUUUUGUUUUGUGUUUUUGCAGUUAUACCAGACUUCAGAUCACCUUCCCAGACCAGGAAAGAUUAA